UGCAGGAGUUGCCGCGUCAUGGAUCAUCAAUUAUUCAGUCAUCAUCAUCACCUCUCUUCCAUCAGAAGUUUGGAGCUUUACAUAAGUAUUCGUGUUUGGUAAUCCGAGCGGCAGGCGAGGAUGUCGGAUUGGGAUGACGGCAAACACGAGAAGGUGAAAAAGGUGCAGAUCACGUACACUGACACCAGCACCUACUCCAUACAGGUCGAUUACUGCGCCAAUGGCGACACCGUUCAUGGUGAGGCUCACGGUCGCAAAGUCGGAAGCCAAUCUGCUGAGAUUGAGUUGAACGCGGACGAGUACCUCACGGAAGUGGAUAUCUACGAAUUCAACGUUUCAGCUUCAUUCACGUUCAAGAGCAACCAAAGAAGUUUUGGUCCCUAUGGAAACACUGCUUCAAAUUUUUAUCACAGAGAGAUAAAAUCGCCGGAAGGCAGCCAUAUCCUAGGGUUCCAUGGCAAGAGCAGCGAUUAUCUUGACCGUCUUUACGUUCACUUCGGACCCAUAAACUUGUCCGGAGCCAUGAAAUUGGAAGCACAAGGACGUAAGGAAGGCCUAAGAUGGGACGACGGAGCGAAUCACGACGGCGUCAAGAAUAUUGUGGUCGGAGUCGGUCAUAAAGGCGUCCACUACAUCAAGUUCGACUAUGACAAGAGCGGUCUGCUAAAUGAUGCACCUGUUAUAAAAGCUAAAGAGAAGAUAUCUCUCAUGGAAGCAAAAAUGAUGUGGUGUCAAGAACGCACUCAAAACAUCAUAAACAACGAACAACACGAAUGGCUAUCGGAAGAAGAGAUGACCGACCAAACUGUUCGAGAAUUCUUCAUCGAAUACAUGACGCCCAUUCAUCCACAACGUGAGGGGGAAUGUGUGGAGAACACUCCCACGUGUGUGGAUGAUGAGAUGUUAAAUGAACAACCUAAUGAAGAGGACGGAAAAGAAAUGAUACAAACCGAAGAAGUCGAGCACACUGGAGAUAUAGAAUCGAGUUGCUCAAACAAAGAAAAAGGGGAUCAAAUAGAGUUUGUGAAGGAUGGUGACCAACAAACGGAGGCAAAGAACCCCAAAAAUGAGGCAUCACCUAUGGAGAACAGUUUUGUCACCUUCGUUCUUCCAAAAGAAAACCCGAUCAUGUCCUUCCAAUGCAUCGACAAUAGAAAAAUAAAUCCAAACUUGAGAUAUGGUGGAUGCUUGAAGAUAGAUCAAUACAUUCUCUUGUCAAGAUCAUUUGAAGUUGACCGGCCUGAUGAGCAUCUUAUGUCGGCGGUGGGUUACCAUGAGGGUGGCAUCAUUCAGGGUCUUCAAUUCAAAACCAACAAGAGAGAAUCCCAUGUCUUGGGGUAUAGCGAGGGGACCAAGUUUACGCUCGAGGUUAAGGGCAAGAUGAUUGUCGGCUUCCAUGGAUAUGCCGACAUAGCUCUCAACUCUCUCGGAGCUUACUUUGUACAGACCCUUUCAAAUAGAAAAUUGGAAGCUCAAGGUGGUAGAGGAGGCAAAGAAUGGGACGACUUAGCAGAUCACGAUGGCAUAAGAAAUGUCGUCAUUGGGGUUGGUCGGAAAGGCGUCCACUACAUCAAGUUUAGUUACGUCAAGUGUGGACAGCUCAAAGAUGGACCAGUACACGGGCGCACGAAUGGAACACUCUCCCCGCCACCGACGUUUGAGAUUGAUCAUCCAAGUGAAUAUCUCGUGUCGUUGGUGGGUUACUACAACGGUAACAUCAUUGAGGGUGUUCAAUUCAAAACCAACAUGAGGGUAUCUCAAGUAUUUGGAUAUGGCACCGGUACUAAGUUUACACUUGAGGUCAGGGACAAGAAGAUUGUCGGCUUCCAUGGAUAUGCCGACGCGUAUCUCAAUUCGAUCGGGGCUUACUUGAUACCAACUUUGUAA